CGUGAAGGGAACACGUCUAAAAAGAAACUCAAGGAACUACUAAAGAACUGGAACACACAACUUCGCAUAAACCCAGAUGCCUCCCCUCCCUCUUGACGAGCGCAUAGUGGUCAUUCAGCGUCCUAAAAACUUAGUCUUAUGUGAUGCUUCCCCACAAACCAUAUCACAGCACUCCUCUCAAAUAACAACCACUUCCAAUGGACGACUUCCCCACCCUCCUCAUCUCCACACGUCUCAGUCUCAUUUUUACUCACCCUCAUGUAAAGCUCUCAGUGUGGAAUGCAAGCGCAGGUCCUCUCGCGUGCAGAAAUUCAAGGCCGACCAGCCUGUUGUCUCAGCAGGUGUCAGACACAUCCCAAGCCACUGCCACAGCAAUGGUACAGUGACUCUCGGCCCACGGCUGCCCUCCCACACACAUACCAUUGAUAUCAAAGUCACAGUAGACAAAGGGGGGCGGGGAGGAUUCAGCAACUCAUUAGGACGUACUGGAAGUGUAAAAGGUGGCAGAGGAAAAUGGGUCUCAUCCCAGCAAUAUCAAGGACAAUGUGAAAGAAAAACUGGAAGCACAGGGAGGUCAGGUGGAGUUGAACCCAAGCCACAGAGGGUUCGUCAGCUGUCGUCUUCUCCUGGAGGGGUCCUACAGUUUGUCCCCGCUCAGGCACAACAGCAUACAUUCAGAAGUGAAAAGGACAACUCUAGUUUUUACAACAAAAACAAGAAGGAAUACUCCUCUUUGAGCUACAAGAAGAAUUCCAAACUGGGAACUGUACAUAAAAGUCAUAACGGCGACAGUCUACCCCACCACCGUCACUCUGUCCCUGUGCCCCAUGCUGCCAUCCUAAACUCCACGUACCCUUCAUCUUCUCCUUCUCAACCCACUCGCAUACCAGGUUUUUUUCGGCAGUUUAGUCAGCCUCACCCACCACGCACAAAAGAUCACCAUCAUCAUAUCCUUCAUGGUCUUUCUCUGUCUCCUUGCUCUUCCCAUGCUGGAAGAUUCCCCAGCCCUGACCAUACAUGCACCAUUGAUUGCACGCACCCAUUCAGUUGUGGUUGCUGGAGGUUGGUAAGAUGUGGUGGGUGUAGAGGGGACUCUUCUAGUUUCCAGGGAGGUGGAGGAAGCACUUCCACCUCAUUUUCUUGUACUCACAAUGUUGGAGCAAUGAAGAGAGGGAGUAAAGACAUGGGCUUGAAAAAUCUGGGUGGUUGUAUUUCCACCGCCUCCACGUCCAACACUUCAUCAACCAACAGCACCGCCUCUGAUUGUCGUGCAAACCUGUUCAAACCUCUGCGCUGUGCAUCCUGCUCUGCUGAAGCAGGAAACUUUGAAAGUCCUGCUAUUCUUCGUAAGAAACUAGUUGGAGGAUGCCUGCCCUGCACGCCUCUCUCCGCUUCAGGCCCUCUGCGGGCAAUACAAAGCUGUGUCACAGGUUGCAACCCCAAAGCGUCUCAGACAGGCAGUUCUUCCUGCAGCUACUGCAGCAGCGACCCCAUAGUGGUGACAUACAACCCUCGAAGAGGGAAACCCCCUGGAAGAAGCAUUGGACCGGCUCACCCAAUGGCUCUGUACCAGGCUGAUGAUGAUGACUACAGCGUGCGGACUAUCUGGCCUGAAGAGCUGGCCAAAAAGAUGACUCAUUCUAAAGCUCAAAAGAACAACUGUGCUGGGGUGGGGGAUAUGGACAGACGCAUCUCACAGACCAUGCUGGCCGCCGGCAACUUCAGCAGGGCAAAAUGGCCGCGCUUGAUUUUGUAG